AAAGUCUGUCCUUUCCUUUUGUUGUGGGUUUGAAUGUGUUCUGCGGUGCUGAUUUUGACAUGAUUUCCAUCUGCUUUUUUGUAUAUCAGUUCGUUUAUUCCUUUAAGCUGUGAUUAUUUUGGCAGUAUACAUUUUUUAUUUUCCUAAUGAUCCUUUGAUUUUGGACUAGCUGAUAUCUGUCAUAGCUACUUCAUACAUUUACACACACAAUGUGAUCAAUGUCCCUGUGGUUCUUGUAAUUUUUUUAUAAGUUGUAUAGCUUAGACUAUGCCCAAUGUGGGGUUUAUCGCAAUUCUGUUUAUCAAAAGUGCUCUUUCUGAAUUGUUAACUAUUAGACAUUUUACAGGCAUAUGACCAUUAAAGUGUGUUUCUACUAUAAGCAACGGUUGUAUACCAUUUAGAAGUCUGUUGCUCAAGAGCAAAAUGUCAUAUUGCACUUCAGAUUAGUUCUAGAUUUUUCUACAUUUUCCUAGAUUUUGUUGCACACUUUUCAUGGUCACGUUUGACCACAAGGCAUGGCCAAUACUGAUUUAUUUCCACUAGGUUGUACAGUUUAAUUAUAUUGUCCUACUCUGACCAAUAACCUGCUUUGGUAAUUAAUUUAUGCUGCACCAUGCCACUGGAUGAUACAUGGUCACCCUACUUGGGUUUUAUAUCUACUGCAUUACAACUUUAGUACCUGAACUCCAUAUUAUACACUCUAAGGCCUAAUGUAUGUGGACACCUCACCAUCAUACCCAUAUGUGCUUGUUAAACAUCUCAUUCCAAAGUCAGUCCCCCCCUUUGCUGUUAUAAUAACUUCCACUCUUCUGGGAAGCUUUUCCUCUAAAUUUUGAAGUGUGGUUGUAGGGAUUUGUGAUCAUUCAGCCACCGGAGCGUUAGUGAAGCUUGGUGCACAGUCAGCAUUCCAGUGCAUUGUGAAGGUGUUCAGUGGGGUUGAGGUCAGGGCUCUGUGGAGGCCACUCGAGUUCUUCCACACCAAUCUUGGCAAACCAUGUCUUCAUGAAGCUUGGGCAUUGUCAGGGGCAUUGUCACGCUGGAAAAAGUUUGGGCCUCUUAGUUCCAGUAAGGAAAAUCAAUGCUUCAAUGCUUCAAACAUUGUGUCAGCAAUUCUGUGGUUAUCAGUGAAAGACAACUUGCUUCAUCACGCUUCGUCACGUGUGCCUUCAUUUUGGAAGAUCAAAACACUUCCCUGAGUUUUGGGGAAAUUUACUACAACCUUCUCCUGUAGCUAAAUUUAAUUACAUGACCUUCCAAUAUUCUCAAAUGAGUAUCUGUUAUAAUGCUUUAUGAAAUCAGAUACUGAUAAAAAUCAAUAUUUUUUCACUAAAUAAGCGAUUGUACCAGAAAUCACAAAUUAAGAUUUCAGUCAAAAUUUCUGAUGUCUCGAGUUUGCAAGAUACCAGGUCAGUGUUACAGUUAACUGAUCCCUGUCCCCUGUCUAAUUUGAGCCAUGCAUGUGUAGUGCCAGUUGGGGUGGGGACACGGUUCAGGCAGCGAUGAUUAUGUCUGAUCUAUACCACAUAUGUGUUUAUGGUUUAUGGCUUGAUGCAAACCGCCUCACAUUUGCAAGAUUUUACGUUACAAAACCUGCAUGUGCCCUGUUAAAAUGUAUAAAUGCAAACCCCACAUUAUGAACUUUUAUCAUAAUAUAAAAGGUAUAAUGUUUUAAAAGUCUGUUAUUUUUAAUAGGAUUGAGUAUGGUGGUUAAACUUCCAAAGUUUUGCUUUCUCGAAAAAUAUAUUUAAGAUUAACUGAUUAAGAGAAUUUUUGUCUAGCCCUUACUUAAUAAGGAAUAUUAUUUCCAAUUUUGUUUUCAAAGAGCAUGGUCUCAAGUCUUUUUGGUAUUGGGCACUGGGGACAUUGAUGUGGUGUGCAGAAAGUCUCUGUAGCCAGUGAAAAAACUGGCUCAUAGUUGCCUCAUUUUUUGUGAUUGCAGAGGUCUUGUUGGCAUUCUACAUUUUUAUAUAUUUUUCUUAAAGUUUAUUAGUCAAAAAGAUGUCUAGUUUUGCUAUCCAAUGUCAUUCAGCAUAAUUUUACAUUAUGUUUGCAAUAUUUAUUUUUAUUCAUGUCCAAGGAUCUUGUUCUAUAGAUAUAAUGUUAAGAUAUGGAAAUAUGUUGUCAUCCUCAUCCUGUGGUAUGUAGGUUGUUCUGUAUAUGCAGCAGGUUAAUGGAAGAAGCACUUUAGGAAAGUUUUGCUCAUAUGAUGAAGAACUUGGAAAACACUUUCUGUUGCUGAGGAUGGCCCCACAUGGACGGCUUAAAGAUACAUGAGAUUACUGAGGAUAGUACCAUUUAAAAACCAUGAAGAUGGCUUAGGACUGCAAUUAAUACAAACAGUUUUGCAGUCCAGACUCCAUCAGUAAACAGUUUGAUAAUGUCAACAAAAUAGACUUCAUAUGAAACCUAUAAUGAAUUUCUGAGUUACACAAUUGCACUUUUUGAACAUGUAGUACACAGUUAUAGAAGGGAAUUAUUUAUAAUUGCACUACUCCUUGUCAUCCAGAUGAGGAUGGGUUUCCUUUUGAGUCUGGUUCCCCUCAAGGUUUCUUCCUCAUAUCGUCUCAGGGAGUUUUUCCUUGCCACUGUCACAUCUGGCUCACUCAUUAGGGAUAAAUUUAUGAAUGAAUUUGUUUAAAAUUCAUAUCCUGAAUUUAUAUAUUUCCGUAGAGCCGCUUUGUGCCAAUGGCCAUUGUUAAAAUCGCUAUACGAAUAAAAUUGAAUUGAAUUGAACGUAUAAUGAAAGUCAUGCAUACAUUUUUUUCACUUGUCCUAUCUCACUGAUUUCAUGUGGCACUUGUAUUAAAAUACAAAACCAAACUUUUUUAAUAAAGCAUACAUUUGAUUAAAACUAUUCCCUUUGUCACUGUAAUUAUGUUAUAUUAAGGAACUGUCAGAGUGUGAAAUAUACAGAACCCAGUAUUAGCCAAAGAAUCCAGAAACUUAUCAAACUUUUUUUUUUUGCACGUUCUAUUGUGUUAAAGUCCAACCACGGCUGUGCAUUAUAGAUGAAACAUUAUUUUCUGAAAAUCUAAUGACAGGGCCAGUUGUAUUGGAGGCUACAUUUAUAAAGCACUGCAUCUUAGAUUUUCUUUAUGAUAAUAUUUCAACAGGUUUAUUUUUAAUCAUGCUGCAAAGAAUUUUGCUGAGAGAAAAUAUCACAAGUUUCGAAUAUAAGGCUCAUCUGCAAAGCCAGUAAAUGUGUUUUCCUUCGGCACCAGAGAGAUGAAGCAAAUGGGCUUUCACUGAUAACAACAGGAUUACCGAGCGCGUCUAGUAUGGUGAAGCCAGAGGCGCCCUUCUCCGUGCGGGCAGUGCCACUAACAGCUUGUGGCCAUGCUUCAAUAUUUGUCGUGCUGGAAGUGAUAAAGGGCUGUUUUUCUACAUAUUUAAACAUUGUUACAGUGGAGAAAUGUGAGUUCCAAAUUUUGAUUAACUAAGCAUAAAUUCUCUCGAUCUUUAUUGCAUAUUUAAGCUCUAUUAAUGAAAAAAUUAUUGUUUUUCUCUUUUCCUACUGAUAUAUAUUGUGGAUUAAUGUCUUUCUUAAAACUGAGAAAAACGCUAACAAUUUUUUUGUUAAACGUGGUUCGUCUAAACUGGUUGUAUUAAUCUUAACUUCUCCUAAGCCAGUAGAUAAAAUGCAUCUAAAAUAAAAAAAAAAAGAUGAAUAAAUAAAUUUAAAAAAAAUCCGCACCUCGGUCAGCUCCUGUCCCUGUAGUAACCAUGGCUAAGUUGUCGGUAUAAUAUACCAUGUAAUACUACGGUUCUUUUCUCUUGCUAGAGUUUACAGGUUUCUGUCGCCUUUUUUUUUUCAUUCAUAAUACUCUAAUAUGUUUAAAGGCAUAAUGAUAGAUUAAUUACUAUGAAUGUAAUUGUUAUGACAGUUUACUGUUAUAUUAUGGACGAAUGAUAUAUCCAUCUAUUUAUUCACAUAUUUAUAAGGUUGUUGCAAAAAAAAGACGAGACAGUAAACUGCUUUAAUUAUUGGCAUUCUUAUAACGUCAGUGUGGAUAAAUAGCUAGAUAUGGUUAAAAGAUUAUGACUGUAAUUAGUAUAAUUAACAAUUAUUAUUAGAUGGAUAGUUUAUAUUCAUUUAUGGAUUCGUUAUUUUAUACAUUAAUUCGUUUGAAGGGAAACAGUAAUGACUGGAGAAAAUUGACUGCAAUAUACCAAAAAUACUCAAAGCGUCGCUGUUCACCUACGGAGUAAAAUUUAAUAAACCUCUCCACCCAUUUCAUGUCGUCUUCCAGCUCCUCCUGACAUCGACAAACCUUGCUGCAUUUGGCUGUUUAUUGUCAGCGAAAAUUCCGACUAGACGACAGUAAUUAGAUACAUUUAUAACACAGCAGGGACAUUUUAAUGUUGCUAGGAUGGACCGGAAGAUAGGAUUGUAUGAGCUAUUAUUUAUUCUUGGCUUUAUUUUCGUUUUUCUUCACCCUGUUUAUGGAGAUUUGAGCUACACUGUUCCGGAGGAAACGAAGCGUCAGUAUGUGAUUGGACAUUUAGCAAAGGAUCUCGGACUUGAUGGCAAACGUUUGUCUGCUCGUAAGGCUCGGGUGGAGACAGAGGACAGCGCGAAACGGUACUGCGACAUUAAUCUGAGUAGUGGAAAUCUGGUCGUGGCGGAAACAAUAGACCGAGAGGAGCUUUGUGGAUCGAGAAUUUCUUGCAUUCUUUAUUACGAGCUUGUGUUGGAAAAUCCUCUGGAAGUGCAUCGCAUUUCACUGCAGAUUGAGGAUGUAAACGAUAACUCUCCUCUUUUUCCCAAUGAGCGUAUCAGCUUUGAAAUUACAGAGUCGGCUGACAAAGGCGAGCGUUUCCCUUUGGAAGAAGCUCAUGACUUGGACAUAGGACGUAAUGCAGUUCAAGGAUAUUCACUUGAAAAAAAUGAACACUUCGUUUUAUCUGUGCAUGAGAACACGGACGGAGGAAAAUCUGCUACUUUGGUCCUGGAGAAAGAGCUCGAUCGUGAAAAGCAGAAAGACAUUCAUUUAAUUCUUACCGCAUUUGAUGGUGGUAAUCCACCGAAAUCAGGGACAGCUGUUAUACAUGUUACUGUUCUGGACGCCAAUGACAAUAUUCCUGUGUUUAGUCAACCUGUGUACAGAGUGAGUCUAGCUGAAAACACGCCUUUAGGCACGGAGGUGAUUACAGUCAGCGCUACUGAUGCUGAUGAAGGAGCCAAUGGUGACGUCACAUAUGAGCUCAGUCGUUUAUCUGAUAAAUCAGCAAAAUUAUUUUCCCUUGAUAAAGUCACUGGACAGAUCACGGUGAGUGGCAACAUCGAUUACGAAAAGGAAAAAUAUUAUGAAAUGAGAGUACAGGCCAAAGAUGGUCCUGGCUUAGUAUCAUCUGCUAAAAUUAUUAUAGACAUCACUGACAUCAAUGACAAUGAACCUCGAAUUAUUCUUAAAUUAUUAAACGAUCCAGUACCUGAGAACUCUGCAGCAGGCACUGAGGUAGCCAUUAUUAAUGUUCAGGACAAAGAUUCAGGAGAUAAUCGACAGGUACAUUGUUAUAUUCAGCAAAAUGUGCCUUUCAAAUUAACUCCAUCAAUCAAAAACUACUUUUCUUUAGUAACCACAAGCAUGCUGGACCGAGAGAAAGCAUCAGAUUACAACAUAACAAUCACUGCUACUGAUGGAGGCUCUCCAUCUUUAUCUUCAUCUAUAACAAUUCAUCUAUCUGUAUCAGAUAUCAAUGAUAAUCCUCCUGUAUUUGAACAGCAAUCCUACACUGCAUAUGUAAUGGAAAAUAACCAACCAGGAACCUCUAUUAGUUCUGUUACUGCAAGAGACCCAGACUGGAGGCAGAACGGUACAGUCCUGUAUUCUCUGCUGCCCAGUGAGAUAAACGGUGUUCCAGUGUCCUCAUUUUUAUCCAUUAACUCAGAUACAGGAGUGAUUCAUGCUGUCAGGUCAUUUGACUAUGAAAAGUUCAGAAACUUUAAAGUCCAGGUCGUAGCCAGAGACAAUGGUUCUCCUCCACUCAGCAACAACGUGACUGUGAGUGUGUUCAUAUCAGAUGAGAAUGAUAACUCUCCACAGAUAUUAUACCCUGCUCCAGAGGGAAAGUCUUUAAUGACUGAGAUGGUCCCUAAAGCUGCUCUCUCUGGCUCUCUGCUCUCCAAAGUCAUCGCUGUGGAUGCUGACUCUGGACAGAACGCGUGGCUGUCCUAUCACAUUGUCAAAUCUACUGAUCCGGGACUUUUCACUAUUGGGCUCCAUAGUGGAGAGAUCAGGGCUCAGAGGGACAUUACUGAAUCUGACAGCAUGAAACAGAACCUUGUUAUCUCAGUCAAAGAUAACGGACAGCCGCCUCUCUCUGCUACCUGUUCUGUAUAUUUACUGAUUUCUGAUAAUCUUGCUGAAGUUCCAGAACUGAAAGACAUGACUCAUGAGGAGAGCAAUUCCAAACUGACUUUUUACUUGAUCAUCGCGCUAGUUUCCGUGUCCACCUUCUUUCUGACUUUCAUUAUUCUCAUCCUGGCUGUGAGGUUUUGUCACAGGAGAAAGCCCAGACUGUUGUUUGAUGGAGCAGUUGCCAUUCCCAGCGCCUAUCUCCCUCCCAACUAUGCAGAGGUGGAGGGAGCUGGAACUCUGCGCACUUCUUACAAUUAUGACACGUAUCUAACAACAGGAUCACGCACCAGUGACUUCAAGUUCAUCACAUCUUACAAUGACAACACUCUUACUGCUGGUGGAACUCUGAAAAUGGCCCAAAAUGACACUUUAGAUGCGAGCUUGAUUGCACUUAACAACACAACUGAUGAUGAUGAGCAAAAGCCACCGAACAAUGACUGGCGCUUACCUCCAAACCAGAGGCCUGGACCUAGUGGCCAGCACAGGUUCCACACCCUGCAGCAGAGGUGGACUCCAUACGAGAAGUCCAGAGCUGGAGUUCGUCCUGAAGAGGCUGGUGCCGGUGCAGUAGUGGGAACAGGACCGUGGCCGAACCCCCCCACUGAGGCGGAACAGCUCCAGGCUCUGAUGGCUGCUGCGAACGAAGUGAGUGAAGCCACAGCGACUCUCGGUCCUCGCUACAAUGCUCAGUACGUCCCAGACUACCGUCAGAACGUUUACAUACCAGGCAGCACCGCUACGCUAACGGCUAACCCCCAGCAGCAGAUGCCUCAACAGGCUCUGCCACCUCCUCAGGCCCCGCCCCAGGCCGCACCUAGUGCCGACGUCCCCAAGGCUGCCCCGACCCCGGCCAGCAAGAAGAAGGUCACCAAGAAGGACAAGAAGUAAGACAGUAAGACAGCAUUAGAUUAGAUUAGCAGUGACGCUCUACUGCUCCAAUCUAAGCAUUUCUCUUCUGCGCAUGUUAAACUAGAAUAUUUAAUAACCAGAAAUUUCUUUAGUGCUGAGACUAAAUUUCAGUUUCGAAUGGUUUAGCUCUUAGACACGAUGCAAGAAAUUCCCUGCUCUUUUUUUGUGGUAGAUUUUGUACACUAGUGUAAAAACAGGAACAUCAAUACGAACUGAACAGGAUGAGAUGUGUAGUCAUGUAGACAAAAAAAGUCUCUUCUGUAAUCCUGUUUAAUAGCACUGCUGAAAAAUACACACUGUUUGUCAUGUUACAAUUUUUUUGUGUUCUUUAUAACGCAAAUAGUUGCUACUUGUUGUGACAAGAAUGAAAAUGAAAUGUGUGGUGUAUGGGUUUUUUUUUUUUUUUGAGGAUGUGCCAUAGCCCUGGAAAAAGAUUUUAGUUUUAUUCUUGCAUGGUCCACUUUUUAACCAUAGUAUUGAAAAAGAACUAUGCAGUGUGGAAAAGAUGAGUAAAAGUAUGAAGUUAAAUGUGUUUACAGUAAGAGAAGGCAUUUUCCUCAUAAAAACACCAGCAACUGAAAAGUUGGACUGUUUGUAUUGUAGGAAAAAAACAAACGUAAGAUUGGAUUCAGUCUCAAUAAAGUUGUUUAGCGCUACUAAAACAAUGCUAGCUUAAUGAUAUAUAAUGAUAUAUAAUGUUAUUAUUUAAACACCCACCAACUCCAUAUAGCCGUAUAUCACUCCUAGCGACCUGCAUUAAAUGAAGUGUUUUCUAAGCCUUGGAUAUAGUAGAUGUUUCCUGAGCCUUUGGUCUGUGUUAGCGCAUUUUGGUCGAGUAUGAUCAUCCAAAGUUGUUAGGUUAAAGCCGAUUGAGUUGUGGGAUGAGAAACCUCAAAGAUUUGGACAAAUAAAUAAUAAUUACUGGAUUGAUGGAGAUAUGAAGGAGAUAUUUGAUGUGGUAAACAUUGCCAAUUUUAUUCUGUGACAAUUUCUCUAAAUAUUUUUUCCCCCAAUUGGUAAGACCUUGAGUGUAUGCCACUCCAUUCUCAGCCAACUCCCAAAUUCGACUUUAUUACUUUCCUGCAUUCUGUACAAUCUGAAACCACCGUGUAAAUAAGACAUGUAACCUGUCUGUACAAACGAGAGCCACAAACAUCAGGCUAGCACAGGAAUGUUUCAGUAUUUUUUAGAAAAAAUAUAAAAAAAAACAAAAACAAAACCUAAAAAAAAAACAAGUGUAGUGCUUUAGAUACAAAAAAGCUUCAAACUCACUUACUAACCAAACUGUAAAUACAACCUUGCAGUCUAUGAAGAAAACGCAAUCGUAGCUUAGGCCUUGUGAAAUUUAAAAAAAAAUGUGCAUAUUUUUGUGUUUUUUCCUUCUCUUUCACUUUAUUUCUUCCAAGCUAAAAAAAAAAAAAAAAAAAAGGUAAUGUGUUUUUAGCGUGCCCUUCCCAUGACAUCGCUCUAUAGUCUUCUGUGUUUGUAAUUACAGUAAGCUGUUAAUGCUACCGGAAUGGCUAUUCCUGUCUGUUUAACUCUAAAUAUAAUAUAAAAGAUAAAUGUCUGUCUGCUGCUUGAAUACCUUUCUGUAUUCAAAUGUGAUAACUUUCUUUUUUAACCACUUAGCGCUUCAUGUCCUGCUUUUAUUUUAUAUGCAGAUAUUUAUAUGGCUGUUGAUUUUGUUUAUGUUCUUGUUUAUUAAUGGGACACUUACAUUUCAAAUAAAAGUUUGUCAGAACUCACAA